AUGGAAGACCUCGUGUUUCGAUGCCGGCAGCUCUUUGUCCGGCGCUUGGGCAAAGACCAGUACAUCUUUAGCGGAAUCGAUUUCGACAUCAUUCGUGGGCAGUGCACCAUCAUCGCCGGCCCUGUUGGAUCCGGAAAGAGUGCCUUCUUAGAGUUGCUCCUUGGUGAGGUUGAAAACCAAGGUGGAUCGCUCUCCGUGGCUUCCGGGCAAAUUGCCCACUGUUCCCACAGCCCAUGGUUACAGGAAGCAACGCUCAGAGAGAACAUACUAGGCAUCACACAGUGGAACGAGGCCUGGUAUCAGACGGUAGUGGACGCUCGUGCACUCGGAGCAGAUAUUCAGACUCUCGCUAAUGGUGACGCCACCCACGUUGGUGCUCGUGGAUCAAGAUUGAGUGGUGGCCAGCAGGCACGUGUGGCGCUUGCAAGGGCACUAUACUCAAAAAUCCCGGUCUUGGUCCUGGACGAUGUGCUUCGUGGUCUUGAUAUGCGGACGGAAAAUCAUGUCGCGCGCAAAGUGUUCGGCCCCGAUGGCUUGAUCAGAAGGAGCAAAGCUACGGUCGUUUGGGCCACAAGCUCAGACACGAACUUGCGGUUCGCAGACCGCCUUCUGCGGUUGCCGGGAGACGGCUCUCUCGUGUGCAGAGAGGACGUUGCUGUCGGGGACGAACUUCACAAACCAAUCACUAACUCUGCAGGGCUCCAAGUGCGGGCCACUACUGUCAGGACUCCAGCAGAGGGCACGGUAGCUAAGGACGACCAGAAAUAUCGCGCAACCGGCGACCUCCGCACAUACGCAUACUUCGCGCAACUGGCUGGCUGGGCCCUGUCGACCGCGUACCUCUUGCUUUGUAUUGCUUUCAUGUGUGGCAUUGGCUUUUCAGUCCUCUGGCUACAGUGGUGGGUGAGAGCAAACGAAAGCCGCCCAAAUGAGGACCUGGGAUACUGGCUCGGUGUAUACGCCGGCAUUUCUGUGAUCGCCGUUGUUGCCGGCAUUGCGUCUGACAUAGUCUUGGUGCCAACAACGUCAAAUAGAUUCCACACGAUUUUGCUGGAAACAGUUGGGCGGGCAAAUCUUCAAUUACCCUCCUUGACCGGCGUAGGAGAAUUGUUGAACAGAUUUAGUCAAGAUCUCGAAUUGAUCGACAAUGAUCUGCCAGAUGCACUUGAUGCAACUAUACUCGCGUUUCUAGACAUGUUGUUUUCAGCGGUGCUGGUCUUUGUGGGCUCUCGCUUCGUUGUAGCAGUAUUGCCUUUGGGUUUCCUGGUCGUUGGGUUGAUUCAGAUGUUCUACCUUCGCACCUCAAGACAGAUGCGACUGCUUGACAUCGAGGCACGGGCACCUCUCAUGUUGAUAUUUGUUGAUGCUAGCAGCAACUUGCCAAGCAUCAGCGCAUAUGGACUCGCGGAAGCAUAUGCCGAAAAGCUGCGCAGCCAUUUGAGCGUCGCACAAAGGCCAUAUUACCUCAUGUGGUGUUUGCAGCGAUGGUUGACCCUGGUGCUAGACCUUUUCGUUGCUGCUAGCGCGGUGCUCCUCGUUGGUGAUGCAACCUAUAUUCCAUUGGGUGGAACAGGGUUGCUGGGUGUAGCGCUGUUCAGUAUUGUUUCCUUCAGCAUAACACUGGAGAAUCUGAUCACGCAGUGGACGCAAAUGGAAACCGCCGUUGGGGCGGUGGAUAGAAUCCGGACUUUCGCGCGAAAAACCGGUACCGAAGCUGCGACUGAAGCUGAGCUUCCCACGAAAAGCGAAUGGCCGCGGCAUGGAGCCAUCGAGUCGAAGGAAGUCUGUGCAUCUUAUGAGGGUCAUGGCGGCGUCAAGGACGUGAGCCUCUCGAUUCGACCUGGAGAGAAGAUCGCGCUUCGCGGUCGUACCGGCGGUGGUAAGUCAACAGUAUUAUACGUGCUGCUUCGCUUGCUCGAAGUCGACUCCGGCUCGUUAAGCAUCGGGGAUGUCGACCUCAGCAGGAUUCCGCAGACUCGUGUACGACAGAAGGUCAACACACUGUGUCCAGCUCCCGUUUUGAUACCAAGCUCAGUGCGUAUGAAUGUCGACCCAUUUCAGCAGACUGCAGACGACAAGCUUGUCGACAUUCUCCGUUCCUUGAGCUUGUGGGACGCGGUAUUUGAGAGCAGCGGUCUCGAUGCAGCUCUCAAAGAAGAGAGGCUACCCCAAGGACAAAACCAUUUGGUCUGUCUUGCGCGCCCCCUCUUACACCCUGGGAAGGUCGUCUUAAUGGACGAAGUGACCAGCAGCGCCGAUCGAGAAACCUCCAGACUCAUCUCGAGUAUGAUCCGAGAAAUUUUUCAGAACGGACCAUCAUCGCUAUUGCUCACGAUCUGGAUAGCAUCUUCGAUUUUGACCGCAUCGUGGUUCUAG